UGAGGCAAAAACGAUGGCAACUCAAAUAACCUUCCAAAAUCAACCUCAAGAAGAAGGCUUCCAUUUCUUCCAUGGCUUUAAACUUCAGCACUGUGCCUUUAUACCAAAAACCCAAUUCAAUUAUUGUUCCAAAAUAUAAGCCCUUUUUAUGUUCAUCUCCUUCACCUUCUUCUGCCAUAGCUGCUGUAUCUGAAAAAACAGGUGGUGGAGUUGCAGAGGAGGACCGUCCUGCUGUUUCUGGGUCCUCUUCUACUCGGAUGCAACUGGAUCUCUUGGAGCAACUCACUGGUGGCUCACCAGUUGAUGGUUAUGAGAGUGAUGGGAGCUCCCCUGGACUAACAAUUCGGGAUCAGCUUGCUAAUUUGGUUGGAGAGAGAGAUGACGAUUUUAUCGUUCCACUUGGAAAAAAUCUGAAAAAGGUUAGCCCAAAGUUCUUAACUAUUUCACAGAAGAGGAACAUCAAAAGACAGGCUUACCUGGAUGAAGUAUCUGAGAGGAAUGAUUCAGUUUUCUUUGCUACAAUUGGAGCAUUUGUAAUCCUUCCACCUGUUAUUAUCUUAGGAAUUGCUGUAGCAACUGGCUAUGUCCAGCUUUUCCAUGACAUAUAAAUGUAUGGUAUGUUGAAAAAUCACACUCUUCAACACUAGCAUGAUGAAGUAGGCAAUGCUGCAAAAUGUUCUGAAAGAUGUUCUGUUAUAAUUGGCAUUCGCCAAAACAGUUGUGUCCUAAUUCUAAACCUCUACAAGAAUAGAUGAUUGUCUUUACACAUGAAUCUUUGGCAUCUUACAUCUUCAUGGCUCAAUUGUCUACGUGUACUUAAAUAUAUGGCUUAUCCAGAUUGUAA